CUAAUUUUGACUGACCCUUCCUCUUAAUAAAAAAACGUGCUCAGGCACGUUCUAAAUUUUUUUUUUGACUGACCACAUUUCAAUCGUUUACACACCAAGUCUUAGGAAGUUUCCAGAUCAUUAGCCGGGUGGUGCAGCCCCCAGAUUCCUAGAGUCUUACAUCUAUUCGAUCCACUCACCGUCUCAAAUCCACCAUGGCGACCCUCCUCCAGAAGUUCAUGGACGCUGACCAGUGGGAAGCCGAGGACAUAGUCGGCCGGCUGGGCAUGGUCAUGCAUGGCGCCUUCCUCUUCACCGGCUUCCAGCCCUACGGCGCCCAGCCACCACCCUCGGGUCACCUCCUGAAGCGAGCAGGUGAGGCAGGCUCGCUGUGUCUCUCCCGUUGGUACACGGUGCCGCAGCUGGCGCACCGCAAGGGCGCGGAUGCCGCCGUGUUGAUGCUCUGCACGCAGGGGAGCAACAUCGCGCUCCUCAUGUUCCUCACGACGGACUGCCACCUGCGGAGCGUGUACCGGGAGCGCCUGGACAAGGCCACCAUCACGCCGCUCCUCUCCCGCGCCUUGGGUGACACGGAGCCCUGGGUGUCGCGGAUCUGCUGGACGCUCGCCGACGGCGUGUGCUGGGACCUCCUCGUCGGGCUGUGCCGCAGGAACGGCCUGCCGCUGACCAGUUUCAUGUCCAUGCCUGAUGACAUCAAGGCGGAAAUCUUGAAGAGGCUCACUGACGGCGAGGACCUCGCGAGGGUGGAGUGCACCUGCAGGCAGCUGAGGCGCCUGGUGGCAGAGCGUGAUGGCGAGCUGUGGAAGCCCAUGUACGAGGCCCUGAGAGUGCGCCGGCGCUGGCCCUGGUGCUGGUGGUGCCUUUCGUUUCUCCUCGACUCCGAGAGCUCUGACUCCGAGUCCAAGGAGGUUCUCAGCUGGAAGGAGAAGUACGUGGAGGCCAGGCCGCGUCCCUGGCCCAGGAUCCGGUGCCGGUUGUUAGUUGCACCGAUUCAUUGGACGCACAUCAAAUUCUCAUGCCCACUGGACGGGUUGCAGGAUCCGCCGGAGCAGGAGACGGUUUCAACAAGGGGCGAGAGCACACGAGUUCACCGCCAGAAGGUGGCAAGGAACGACUGCAAGAAGAAGCGGCACGCCGCCGGUGCGAUCCACUCGCCGUCGUCUCGCUAUCGAUGGAAGCAUCGGUGAUCAUGGACUGAUCAUAUCUUCUUGGUCCUAACUGAGUGCUGGUCCGCAAUUAUGUAUCUGAUUUUGUACGGUUUCCAGUACGUCUUCUCAUGAUUCACUCCAUCCUCGAUUGUGCUCCAGUCAUGAACGUUGCAGCCGUUGCCAUGCAGUCUUUAAUUUGAGGUAAUUAAACUG